CAAGUUUAUAACUUAAACUUACUACUUAUUGAGUUUUUAGCUCAUAAAAUUCCCCCCCAUUUCAGAUUAGUAAACUGGAGUAAUGACCACUCAACUUGAGAGCUUUCGAUAUAAAUCUCACACACCAUUUUUAAGUCAAGGUUUUGUUUUGCCCCCAUGAAAAAUAUUCCUUGCUAUGCCACUGUUUGUGAUUGAAGAUAAAAGAGUCACAGUAGUUAAGAAGAUUGGAGAUGUUUUCCUAAGUAACUGUUUGGUUUAUCACCAGCAAGGAACCGAGUUCAUAAUAGGUUUAGUGUUUAGCAGCUUAAGAGAAUGGCAGUAAUGGAACCAGUUGAACUGAAUCUAUCAAAAAAAAGAAAAAAAAAAACUAGAUGAACUGAAAAAGAAAAAUGAUUAGUUUAG